CUCAGCCGAGCGGGGCGGGCGCGGAGCGGCGGCGGCGGCUGAGGCGCGUCCCGGAGGGAUGUCGGGGACCCGCUGCCAGGCGCUGUACCCCUUCUCCGGGGAGCGGCACCGGCAGGGGCUGCGCUUCGCGGCGGGUGAGCUGAUCACGGUGCUGCAGGUGCCAGACGGCGGCUGGUGGGAAGGGCAGAAGGAGGACGGGCUGCGUGGCUGGUUCCCGGCCAGCUACGUCCAGCUGCUGGAGCAGAAACCCCGAAAGGCAACUCCUCAGCCAGGAGAGGACACCUUGAAUGGCCACCUUCCCCCUGGCUGGCAGAGCUACAUGUCCCCCCAGGGUCGCAGGUACUACGUGAACACCUUCACAAAUGAAACGACGUGGGAGCGGCCGAGCAGCGUGCCUGGCACUCCCAAGAGCCCUGUGUCACAGAAGAGUUCUGCAGUGAAUGGCUACUACAUCUCUGGGUCCCCAGUACACCAGCUUGACUCAGGUCACAUGAGCCUCCGAAAACCCAGUGGGGACCCCCAGAGCCCGGGCUCCCCGGCGGCGCCGCGGCGGCAGAGCAAGGAGAGCAGCCUGACGAUCAACUGUGUGACUUUCCCCCACCCUGACGUAAUGCCAGAGCAGCAGUUGCUGAAACCUUCAGAGUGGAGCUACUGUGAUUAUUUCUGGGCAGAUAAGAAGGACUCACAAGGGAACAACACAGUGUCGGGAUUUGAAAUUCUUCUUCAAAAGCAACUUAAAGGGAAACAAAUGCAGAAAGAAAUGGCAGAGUUUGUUCGAGAAAGGAUAAAGAUUGAGGAGGAAUAUGCUAAGAACCUGUCCAAACUGUCUCAGAAUUCCUUGGCUGCUCAGGAAGAAGGCACACUGGGAGAAGCUUGGGCUCAGCUCAAGAAGAGUUUAGCUGAUGAAGCAGAGGUUCAUCUCAAAUUUUCUUCUAAGCUCCAGAGCGAGGUGGAGAAACCCCUGCUGAACUUCAGAGAGAACUUCAAGAAGGACAUGAAGAAGUGCGACCACCACAUCGCGGACUUGCGGAAGCACCUGGCCAGCCGCUACACGGCCGUUGAAAAGGCCCGGAAAGCCUUGACAGAGAGGCAGAAGGAUCUGGAAAUGAAAACACAGCAGCUAGAGGUGAAACUCAGCAACAAGACAGAAGAGGAAAUCAAGAAGGCCAGACGGAAGUCCACCCAGGCAGGGGAUGACCUGAUGCGCUGUGUGGAUCUUUACAAUCAAGCCCAGUCCAAGUGGUUUGAGGAGAUGGUGACCACCACUCUGGAGCUUGAGAGACUAGAAGUUGAAAGGGUGGAGAUGAUUCGGCAGCAUCUGUGCCAGUACACACAGCUGCGGCACGAGACAGACAUGUUCAACCAAAGUACAGUAGAACUUGUGGAUCAGUUGCUUCGGAAAGUGGAUCCUGCCAAAGACAGGGAACUGUGGGUAAAAGAACACAAAACUGGAGAUAUCCGACCUGUGGACAUGGAAAUAUAGACUGAUCUGUGCUUGGAUGUGAUGAGUCCACUGAAUUAAGCAGGCUAACGUUUGUUUUUAAGGGUCAGAAGAGCAUAGGGAAAAGGUUGUUUCACUACCAGACAGACACCUUGUAAUUUAUGCCUGUAUGGGCUAUCUCUGUUCCAUUUAGUCAUUACAAUGGUCCUCGUUGUGCUAAGCCUUAAGCACCAGACAUUCCAGGGUGAAAAAAACAGAUGUGUGCUUCCCACCUGAGGUUCCCAAUUGCACGCAGCUUCCAGGAGAAAUCUGCUUCCUGGCACAGAAAGUGCCCUGUUCUUCAGUGACUUUGUGCUCCACCCCUUGCAUGACUAUCUCUAUACAGUAUGUUAGAACAACCAGGCAGAGAGCCUCUGGCCAGCAAGGAGAUAACUGAAUAUGAUGCAGGAGGCAAGGAAGUCCUGAUCAUGAAUCCCAGCUCUGUCACUGACUGCUCUCACAGCCAUAGGCAAGUCAAUUAACUUUCCUGGCUCCCCCAUUUAUAAAAUCUGUGUAUCCUGCAGCAAUGUUGUGUGGAUGCAUUGCUUUCAUAUAACACUGUCUUUCACCAUGGCAGUGAAGUGAUGGCCCUUCUCCCAAAAUCUAUGGAGAAGAUUCCUGUUCUUCCUGUUUUAUACUCCCUCUCAGGGAUACAUAAACCCAUUUUCAUGAUUUCUGUUGUCGGCCAGUCUUAGGUAAGUUUGAAAGUGUUACCAUCACAAUUUUUUAUCAGGAAAGACUUGGUUGUACUAUACCUACCUCAUUAGCUGUCAGAGUGCCCUCAAUGACAGAAGGAGGUCGUAUCCCAAGGAAUAAAUUAGAUGUUUAAAAUCUUUCCUGCUCAUGCAAGGUGUUUUUCCACAGAAUCUCCUUAAAGACAGUCCUCUAAUAGUUUACUUGGGAUUCAGGUUUAAAUUUCCUCUGUUGGUUUCUUCAGGUGAAUAUCACAGACUUUAGGUAUUUUUAAUUACUGGGUUUGUCCCAUUAAAUUUUGGCUUUUAUCUUUUUGGAGCCUGAUUUUCAAAGGUGCCAUGAAUAUAUGAUGCUAGAUUGCAUUCAGUGUAGAUGUAGGUGCCCAGCACUUCUGUACCAUCUUGAGUUUUUUUCUGUUGCCCUUACUGCAAACCACCAAAAAUUCAACACAGCUCUUGGCAAAUAGUGUUACGUAGUUUGGAGACUGGUUUUGAAAAGGUAUUUAUUUUCUUCUGCUGUUAUUUCUGAUGGAAUAUUCAAUGUUGCUGUUAAUAUAUUUCUUUCAGCAUUUCAUACAAUGCAAAGAUUCUUCAGAUUCUUGCUUUAGAUCCAGGAGAAAUCUUGAUUCUCACCACUGUGGCCUUUAUCAGUGUUUACUGUGGUCUUAGCUACAAUAUCCCAAACCACACUAUUUCAUUUGCUCCCCACUUCUGCUUCAUUUUAUCUCACUGCUACUGUCUUUUUCUCCCCAGCCUCAGAGCUGCAUCCUUCUUUUGUUUACUGUUCCAGGUUUUUGUUCACCAUCCUCCAAAUGCUGGGACUAGAUCAUUGGGAGUCAAUAUUCCUCCUUACAAAUACAAACUGAGACACAGAAAAGUCUUACCUGAAGCAUGUUUGUAACAUUGCUGCAGUGGUUAUUUUUCUGGUUUAUUAUUUCUAAAUUAUUAUUGCAUUUUUCUGCUGGUUCCUUUUUUUCCAACCAUCUCUUUACUAGUCCAGGUUCCUUCCUACUUUGCAAAUGCCUUCACAGCCCACUCCUCUGCUGCUUCAUUAACCUUGACAAACCUUCAGCAUCCUUUGCACGCUGGCAGUUGGAGUGCCAUGACUGCUGCAUGCUCAGGAUCACUGCUCCUGCUGGGGCACUUGGGAAUUUGGACUCCAGUUUUAUUCUUGGUGUAGGCAGAGCACGCUGUGGUGUGAGCCUCUCCCAAGUUCCUGCACAGAGCAUUGCAGCACCAGCUGAAGUGUUUGGUUUGCCUGAGUGUCCUGAGCUUGGUGAGAGGCUCCCUGGGAUCCUCUUCUCCUUCCUUCUGCCCUCAGGCAGGGCAGUUGGUGAUCUCUCCUUUUCAGUUUCUGCUGAUUCACUCUCUGUCUUACUCAUUUUUGGCCAUAUCAGUGUGCACUUCUAACUCCUGCCUUGCACUUCAGAGGACAGGCACUUUUUUAUUUUUUUAAGCCACAAGUGCAGGUUGAACUUUGAAAACUUCAGUGGCCAAAAUAAUGUGAACACAUGAAAGCUCCAUUUCAGGCUGCCCCCUGUUCUUGCCUGUAAUUGUAAUUUCAAUUGUAAAUUGAAAUGAACAAUCUUGACAAUGCCUCAACACAUUCUUGUUUUGUUUGCAAAACAAAGCUAGUUGUGCACUUUAUACAGUAUUCUCUUAAUAAAUACCUGAAAUUAAUUGUUAGAAAUUACACUUUACUUUUCCUCUUUCUUUAAAGAUGUUUUUUACUCUUUUGGACUGGAAACACUGUCCAUUAGCACAGGUUUUUCUGGGAACUGUAAUGUGUUGUGGUUCCUCUGCUAAGGUGUAUUUAUGCUGCUCUAAAUUCUUAGUUGGGGGUUUGAUGUUUUUGUUUAUUUGGGGGGGUUUUGUGGUUAUGUUUGUUUUGGGUUUUUUCUUACUUUUGGGUUUUUUUUCCAGACAUAUUUCCUGCUUCUAGUUCUUGGUCCAUUUGAAGUGUUUCAGGGAUGUGAGCUGCCCAGAACAGUGAUUCUCUUGGUGGAGCCUGUGUCUCUUUUUCGCUUCAGUGACCAGAGGAGAGCACAGGUACCUGGCUGUUGAUCAUUCCCAGCCCCAGGAGACUCUGGGUUGUGCUCCACCACAGGUGAGAUGCUUCACCCACAACACUUCCAUCUGUGUUCAGUGCAAGUUUUGCUGUUGCCUGUAAAGAGUUUUCAGCUCAUUUCUUUCAAAAGAUGAUAUUCCCUCUUGCUGUGACCCUGCAGAUCAGUGUUACCUUCUCAUUCAUUUCUCUUUCUGAUGAAUUUUGGACAGUGAUGCCUUACAGGUCAGGGCUUGCUGGAGUUCCCUUGCUUCUAACAGCACCUUCAAAGAGGGUAGUGGCACAUUUAAAGGAGAGCAUGGGUUCCUGCUCUCACAGGUAACUUUGGUGGUUUCAGCAUUGCUCUGUUUGUCUUCCACUGAGUUCCAAAAAUGCAGUUGAGCCCAGUCUGUCUUCAUGCUCAUCUUAAGCAGCUGCUUCUCCAGAGCAAACUCAGUGUUUUAAUAAAACUCCAGCAUGUGUGGAUGCUGCAUGAUGCUGCUGACUAAUGGAAUACCAAAGGAAGUCUCUCACUUCCAGGGCUGAGCUUAGGCAUCACCUCACUUCAGCUGGCACCUCUCGUGCCUGGUGUGAGCUUUUGCUGGUUUAGGCACUGUGGGGAUCAGAUUGGCAGGGUUAUCUGACAUCUCUGCAUGCUCUGAGGUCACAGAGAGGUCAGCUCUCAGCUAGCACUGUUUGCUUUCACUGCCAGAGGUGGAACAAGGGGGAAUUUCCCUCUGGUCCUUAGCAGGUAGCUCUGCUUGCCCAGAUCUGUUAAGCCAGCUAUGUUUUGGGAGUGCUGCCACACCUGUGAGCUCCCUCUUGGUCCGAGCGAUGCUGUCACACUCUUGUCCUGGGCUGGAGGGCUCUCUGGCAUUUUCCCUUUCAGCCAGAGCCUUUUGGCCCUUCUCUGGCCUUCCUGAACUCCAUGGCUUCAGAUCAGUGCCAGAGCUGCUGAGGUGCUUUGCCAGCUGUGCCCUCAGCUGCCACACAGAAUGAGAACUUUUUAUUCACCAUCCAGACCUUCCUGCCUGUGUCUUCAAGCACAGUUGAACAUCUUUCUCUCUAAGGUAUUCUUUCAGCUCAUUUCCUGCCAGAACUCAUUCUGGAUCCAGUGCUGUUGGCUGAUUCCUGUUGAAGUUUAUGAGCUGAAAGCAGUGAGUAUUUUUCCACAUGGGCCAAAUGCACUCUUCUCCCAUUAGCAGCAAGAUUCCAGUUUUUCUUGGAGCAGUAUCCCAAAAAGGCCUAAUUCUCAGUUUGCCAACCUGCUCCAGGUUCAGUCAUGUCUGCCACUCACACUUGUUCAUCACUUCUAUGGGUUGGACAUCUUUUGAAAGACUUUGGUUGCUCCCUUACAGGGACAUUAGUUCAUUAUUGGACACUGGAAUUGUAGAAGAUACCUUUAAUUUUUAUUUUUUAAAAUUUUAAAAUACUGUAACAGCAGUGAAAAUCAUACAGAAAUCUCUGUAAUGUUUCUAGACUCCCUUUCUCCCUGUGCAGUCACUUCUGAGCUGCUGGGGGCAGCUGUGCUCCCCCUUAUUGCACAGAUAAACACUGAAAUCACACUUCCUUGAGUGCCUGACAGGCAGCAUGCAACCUUGUGCACUACUUCUUUUUCCCUUUAUGCAGCUUUUUUUUUCUUUUAAUUUUGCUUGGGUUAGGGUUUUUUUUUCUUUUGCCCUAACAGGAAUUUUCUGUGAGGCAUCCACAAGAAGCUUCUUUAUGCUUGUAGCAGUUGUUGUUUCUCAGGCUUUGUUAGAACUUCCUAGAAUUGUCCUUGUUUUUAAUGUCAGUAUUUAAAUAUUGGCUGCAAUAUAGAAAUGGGCAUUCUUCACCUAUUCUUUGGAAGUGCUCAGCACUCAGAGAUUUCUUGGAAUACAGCAGGGAGCUAAGAGAUAAGACUCUUUGAAAAUCAGGCUAACAAACAGAAAUGCACAAGCCUCUUUUUUCCUUACUUGUACUCAAGUACAUGGAUAAAGUAAAUAAUAAGAAAUGAGAAAUAAUUAAUGUGUAGCUGCUCUCUGUGCAGCUCCUGUAGUGUUUUUGUGUGGGGCUGCAGUCAGAACACACCUCUGGAGUCUGGACCCACAGGUCACCUACUGAUGGAGCUGUAAAAGCCCAAAUCCAUAAUUCAGUGACAAAGGGGCUCUGCCCAUCCAUUUCUUCAUCACACACAGGGAGAGAAAGGGCACUGCUUACCCAGGUGGGUCCUUCACUACCAAGCACCUUAAGAAAUCCAGACAAGCACUUUGAAGGUCCCCCUGGAAUGAGUAGAUGUGGCUUCUUGAUGCGAUUAUUGGAUGUUUCCUUCUGAACUGAAAGCAGAUUUACUGUUUCACAGUAUCUCCUGUGCUCUUGUCCUCUGGUGCAGCCUGCUCUGUCCGGUCCCAGCAGUGUCCUGAGGGCAGUCCUGCUCACCCUGACAUUCCUCUCAUUGGCAAUUACAUCUUCAAAAGGCAGUGUCAAAAAGGCAGUUUUCAAAAUAAUGAGCUUUUUCAGUUCACAGACCUCUCUGGAAAGCCUGCAGGCUUUUUGCUCCCCAGUGUGUGUUGAAAUAGCAGAGUGGUGUGGCAGAGGUUGCUGAAGCACUGGCUCUGAGGAGUUGCUGCUGUGUGGACAUUCCUGCCAUCCUCUCCCAGGGAUGGGGAACAGCCCACAGGCAUCCUGUGUGCACCAGAGGAGCCUGCUGGUCUGAUCUAUCUUAACCAGGUGGGCAAGAAUCACAGAUAAAUUCGGAUUAAAGCAGACACACGGGGCAGGAGGAUGGUUACCUCAGUGGCAUCUCUCUCACACCCUGAUGGGGACUGAGUAAUGAUGAGUAAGGAGCCCAUCAUUGUCCCAGUCCUGCUCAGCACCUGGAAAUCAGUGCUGGGAUGUGUCUGUUGCUGCUCCAGAGCUGUCCAGCUCACACCUGGUUGCACCCAUGGGAGGCCAGCAGGUGCCAGUGCUGCCCUGGGGACCACAAGGGGCUCUGGCAUUUGGCUGCCCCAGCUCAGGUGUGCUGAGCCUGCUGUGCUUCAGGAGCCUGGAGCACACAGCCCUGCUGAGGCACGGUGGGAAUGAAGUCUUUCCUGGCAGCAAAUCCUUGUCUUUUUCCUGAGAACACUGUUGUGGGAAUAACACCCACUGCUUUGUCUUAAAAUAGGUUUUAUUCAUACGAGUGGUGCAUCUUUCAACUCUUUAUUUUCCCCCUCUCUGUUGUUACUGUAGCCAGCCCUUCAUCAGUGAAGUAUAACAAUUUUCAGGACCUUUAAUUGUGAAAUUUCAUAGAAAAUACCUGUUCUUUCAAUGUCCUAACCAAACUUCAUGCUUUUGAGAGUUUUAAGAGCUUUUUUGGACAGGUUAUUUUGGGUUUUAUUUUGGAUUUUUUUAAUCAGCCACCAGGUUUGGAAGUGUAAUAACUUUUUUUUGUGCUAGCUGCAGUUUCUUUUUCCUUCCUGGAUGUUUUUUUUCUGAAGGGACCAACACAUAGCACAAUGCAGCUUAAAUUUCUAAUCCCAUGCAUUCCUCAAGGCAGAAACCUUUGGUGCCUAAUGAUGCAUCUGAGUCUAAGAACUGUAUGUGGAUAAAAUCUUUCAUAGACCAAUAAAAAAAAAAAUCUUAGAUUAACCACAUAAUAAUCACAGGAAAAAAAAACCACGUAUAGAUUUGAGACAUUCAAAUUUAAUUCCCUCAACUUACAUUAAGUUGAACUAUUUCAGGUGUGUCAUAAGAGACAAACUCAGUGGAUAUUCAGAACAAAAGCUGCUCUCUCCAGGUUCAGUGAGUGGACAGGACUAUAAUUUUGAAUAUAUGCAGUCUUUUAGGGCUACUGAUUUAACAAGUAACUGAUUAAUGGCUUGUGUCACAACCCUAUUAAAAUUCUGCUAGUAAAUCCCCUUGAAGUGCCUCUUUAAAUAGUAUCUGCUACAAUCAUGUGAAAAAUACAGAAUUACCCUACAAAUUGUCAAAUCUCAGGAGCAGCCACUGUGCACAGAUCUGUGCAGGAUUCUCAGCCCCUUCCUUGCUCUGAACUGUGCACCCUUUUAGGACAGCCACAUCUCCAGGAGUCCUGCCUUUGGCUCUGAGAAUUUGCUGUCCAGCUCAGGCAUUGUAAGUUCUCAAUGCUGACAAUGGAAUAGAAAAAAAUUAGACUUAAAAGCAACUGCAUUGAAACUAAUCUUUGGACCCAUGCUUGGUCUCAGUAGAAUAAGCAGGGAAUUUUGCAUAAAAUUAGUAUGCAGUGAUAAUUUUACAUAAAAGAGUUGUUACACUUUAUUGCAUAAAAUUAAUAAAUAAUAAUAAUAAAGCCCACAAAUUUAUUUUUUACACAGCAGUUGCAGAGAAGAAAUGUUCUGGUCCUGGAACUCAAAAGCUGAAUGUGAUUUCAGGGAUCUCACAUCUGGUAACAAAAUAAUCAAAGUCAUGUUAAUCCCAGAAUUUGGCAAUGGCUGACCUGAAAUCCCUUUUUCCUUUGGAGUUUUUUGAUUAAAUGGCUGAGAUUAUCAGAAUAGCCUAAGGAAUUUGGAUGUCCAUACUCCUUUAGGUCAAAAACACUCUUUAGGGACAGCAGCCUCUAUCCAUUAGGAAAACAGCAGGUACUAGUGUUGGACAAAAAUUCUUUCUUCUCCUUAGAUGCUUCCCUUGUUUUCUGCAGCACAAGGCAGUGUGAGAAUUCCUGGGAAGUUCUGCAGAAACUGUAGCAGCAGGGAUUCACAGGCAGGCCAGAUACCAGGCAUACACUAAACCAGAGUUUUCUAUCAAAAUUAAGUUGCUUAUUUGGUCCUUUUUGUGUAAGUUUUCCUAAAUACUUCUAAAUUUCUAGGAAAGUUGUCUUUUGCCAGUACUAAUGACUUGUUUUUACAGAUGCUUAACCAAAAUUUUAUAACUUCCCAUAAAUUUUGGCUGACUAGACCCUUUAAAUAGUUUAUUUAUCACACAGCCUCUGUCUGGGUUACUAGUAAAUCUUGGAUCAUUGUGGAAAUUCUAGGAUGGCUUUUGUUCCCUAAGGAUAGAUGAAGGAAUCACUUACUGAACUUAAGUUGAAUGAAGAAAAGAUUUAAGGGGCAGAUCUUCAGCUCAAAUAAACUGGCAGGGUUCAGUGGAAGCUACUUGAUGUCAGCUGUGGAUCUUGUCCUUCAGUGUUGAAGGCAUUUCCUAUAUGUAAUUUUUCUGUCUUACUGUAAAACAAUUUCAUAUGGUUAAACUGUAUUUUCCUAUAUUGUUCUGCAAGUUUAUAUACACCAUAGUGCUCAUCUCAUCUCCUGUAAAAUAAACUGUACAGAGACA